AUGGCACGUCAUCCAGAAUUUACUCAACUUGAGGCUUCAAGACCAUCUUUUGAUGCUGAAAAUACUUGGAAAUACACACAGGUUCCAGAUAUACAUUGGAGAGUUGGAUCCGGCGCUAACAAUGACGAAUGGAAAAGCCACAAGAAAGUUGAAUUGAACCCUUACGAAGAAGGAAGACCUGCUGUCAAUAACUACAAGACUUUAAUUAGUGCCAUCACACCUAGACCAAUUGGGUUUGUAUCUUCGGUAUCCAAAGAUGGUAAACGCAACCUUGCACCUUUUUCAUACUUCAAUAUGGCUAAUCAUGAUCCACCGAUCUUUACUUUGGGGUUUUCUGCUAGUGGAGACCAAAAGAAGGAUACCUGCAAUAAUAUUUUAGAGACUGGUGAAUUAACAAUCAAUAUCAUUAGCGAAUGGUUUGUUGAAGCUGCUAAUUAUUGUGCCAUCAACAGUCCUCCUGGGGUUGACGAGUGGAAGCUAUCGGGUUUAACCCCAGCGGACUCUAAAUUGGUUAAACCACCACACGUUGCUGAAUCAGCAUUUUCGAUCGAAGCUAAGCUAGUUGCUCACCAUGUUUGGAAAUCCAAAACUGAUCCAACUAAAGACACAGGUGUGUUGGUUAUUGCGGAGGGUUUGACCUUCCAUGUUAGAGAGGAUGUCAUCAAUGAAGAAAAUUCGCAAUUGGAUGUUUCCAAAUUGAAACCGGUUAGUAGAUUGGGAGGUAUCACUUAUGGUAGAACGAUUGAAGGCUACGAAAAACCAAGGCCCAAUUACGCAACUGAAAUUGAGAAACCAGAAGUGAAGGAGUUGUUGGAAUGA